AUGGGGGCGAAUACUUCGAAUACACUUGACCAGUCCGAGGUUGAGGAAAUUGCAGAAGAAACUGGGUUUUCUCCAAAACAGAUUUAUCGAUUAUACAAUAGAUAUUUGGCUUUGGACAAGACGAACGCUGGGUAUUUGAGGCGUCAUGAUUUUCUGUUAAUUCCAGAAUUAGCCAUUAAUCCACUUGGCGAUCGAAUCGUGAAUGAAUUCUUUAAAGAUAGUCAAGGUGAAUUGAAUUUUCGUCAAUUUGUAAGGAAAUUAGCAAGAUUUCGUAAAGUUCGACCACAACAAUCAACUCAAUUUAAUAAUCGUGAUGCAAAAUUACGAUUUCUAUUCGGUAUGUAUGAUUUAGAUAUGGAUGGUAAAAUAUCAAGAAAUGAAUUAUUGGGGAUGUUACAAAUGAUGGUUGGUGCUAAUAUUACUGUUGAACAGAUCAAUAAUAUUGGUGAAAGAACAAUGGCUGAAGCAGAUCUUGAUGGUGAUUGUUAUAUAUCCUAUGCGGAAUUUGUACAAGCAUUCGACAAUGUGGAUAUUGAACAAAAAAUGAGUAUACGAUUCUUGGAAUGA